AUGAACUUGGACCAGAUUGCGUGUGCUGAUAAGUCCCUAUCGUCAUCCACGUCCUCAACGAGUUCAACAGGACCUGGAAACACUACCGGUAGCGAAAUAACCGUCACUACACCGAUGCCGCUAGAUCACCGAAAAUGUGGAAACGUCGGUGACACGGAAUAUUGUUACUAUGAGAACACUACAGAGGUUUGUGAUAUCUGCAAAGGCGUCAUUUGCCCUUCUGGGAAGAAAUGUGUGAAGAAAGAGAUGAUGUGCGCUUCGGACUGUGUCUGCCCUAACGACGUCGAUAUCGAGGAUGAGAAUGGCUUUUGUCGAAACCCAUGCGAGCUACAGCCCUGCAUGAAUGGAGGCACCUGUACAGCAGACAUCAACGUUGCCUCCCGAUACCGAUGUGCCUGCAGUAAUGAGUUUGAAGGGGAGAGAUGCGAAAAGUUUCACAACUUCUGUCUCGAUCCCACGCCACCUUUCUGCCCAGCUGGUGAGUACGACUGCGUUAUGCACGGCUACAGGAACUAUAGCUGUGAAUGCGCUGAUGGAUUCUACCUCAACGUUACUGGGAAACAUUGUGUCAAAGUUGGUGAGCAAGUCAACAUCACUCUCAUCUUCAAACAAACGCCUUACUCGGAAAUCUUCAAUAAUCUCACUCAUCCUGAAGCGAUCUCAGCCAGGAAGCUGAUUCAAGCAGCAUUUGAUAAAGUGUACGGUGCCAAUUUGAUCAAGCUUGUCUUCAACAACUUCACUCAAGGAUCGCUGGUCGCACAUUUGCAGUUGAUGCUAAAACUAAAUGACACCGGCAGCUUUCGUAGCAAUGAGAAGAUUUUCAAACAGUUUCUGCUCGAUUGCGAUACGUUGAGUACGCCAUGUUUUGGAACGCUCGGAAAUGCCUACCUCCCUUAUGAUGGAUGGAUUGCCAAGGAUGAACGUUGCGGAAACAUUGUCUGCCCGGAGAACACUGAAUGCCGUCCCAUAGAUGGAAUACCCAUGAGAACGGAGUGCGUCUGUAAGAAGGGCUUCCUUGCGAUUGGCUCAACAGCCGACGAUCAGGGACGAGUAAUACACAAAUGUCAAGGUAAUAUAGUCGAAGAUAGAGACAUCGACGAAUGCGAAGCAUCACCAUGUCAAACUGCAGCAGAAUGUCUGAAUACGCCUGGUUCAUUCGUAUGCACUCGGGAUCCUGACAAUGCCGAGUGCCCCAACGGAACUACUGUAGUCGUCACAGGACCAUUCUCUUAUCGUUGCGAUUGUAGUUGGAUCUACGCGGGUUCGAAUUGCCGAUUCCCGCUGACUUUGAUACUACUGAUUCUGGCAUGUCUAUUCCUUCUAACGACAAUUAUCGCUAUUCUUUUCGCCGUCUGCCAAAAACGACGGAAUCGAACGGGAACGUAUCAACUCUAUGGCGCUCCCGCCGCUGAUGGCAUGUAA